CAAGGACCCAUCCUCGCUGUCGGUUCCGUCCCAUCUCUCUUCCUUUCCAUCGUGCUUUUUUUGGGGAUCAUCUAAAUUCCUCUAUUCUACCUUUCCCUUUCUUUUUAUGACAAAUUUUUAAGUCAAUUGGACGUUUGAUGAAAUCAGAUUCUUGCUUAGCGGAACCAAUUUCGCAGCGCUAGAAUUUCCCCGCCAAGUCCGAAACUACAAUAGGCUUGUGGUACGUCACCACUCACCAGUGGCAGACGGAAGGACAAGCUGUGUGUACUGGCUGGCUUGCACCUGACCGGCAUCAAAUCGGCACAGCUAAACAUCCCAUAUCAAGUUCUUCAGUGUUAGCCACUACUGAAGAACCACAAAAACCGGCAAAAAAGUCGCACAGCGCCAGGCAACCAUUGAGCUCUGUCUUUGUUCCGGCCUCGAGUAGGACCAGGCGACGGGACCCGGGCUGUCAUGUCUCAUGCUUCCGACGAAAGCGCCGAGUGAACCCGUUAGGUGUUUUGACGAGACUCUGGCUGGAAGACAGAGGUUCCACUAUUUAUUUUGAUCAAAGCAGGAAUAUUUGAAAACAAGGCAGAAGAAAAAGACAUCAGCACAUUUGGACAGCGGCGAAUUUCUUUUCGAGCAUUCGUUCGUCUCGGCUGUUCUUUUCGUCUCAGUCCAAGCAGCAUUCCCUCUCAUAUGGCUCCAACUUCAAGUUUAUAGGGCGAGUCCUCCAGCACGAUGAGUGCAAUCACAACACCUGAGGAGCGCCAAUGGCGACUCACAAAUCUGGCUCAAGAAUGGAAUAUCCCGACAGGACCAAUGGAUCCUCCCUCGUUGAGUCGGCCGAUAUCAGAGCGCGUGUCGGCAAGUUUUCCCAAUGUGAGCCCCAACGAUGAUUACAUGGCAGAUGAGCUUUUGAAACGACGCCGUAUAAAUGUAGAGCAGUCACAACCUGCACAGGGCACCCUCAAGCGUGCUUUCACCAGCACCAAGAAGAAGGGAUCAUGGGAGCCCAAGGAGAUCUUUGAUGCCCUCGACUCACACGUCGCCAAUGCCGGCUCUGCCGGUGUGGCUGACGCACUUAUCAAAAAGCUUGUGACAGCUGGAGGCACCGUCAACCAUCCGAAUCCCACCAAUGGCAGGACUGGAGUGGCCGGAAAGCUUCUCGUUCGACGCAAAAGCCUCGAGUCUCAAAAUUUUGAAAGGAGUCGUCUAUUGCAAAAGGCCGUGGAGAACCAACAGCUUGAUAUGGUUACGGUCUUGGUUCCGCACGCCGACCCACUGGCCCUCGACGGCAGCCUACCGAUAGCAAUGCGAAGCGGAAACCUGGAAAUCACGCAGCUGCUGUUAGUACACGGCGCAAACGCAUCACAAACAGCCGACGGUCAAGAUGCCUUCCGCCAGUUAUGUAUGGCCGGGGGCCAGGCCAACAUGGUGGGCCUUGUUUUGGCGUCAGAUGGUCGUCCGUCACCGGAGUGGAUAUCGCAAGCAAUGGUUGACGCUGCGCGCAAGGGAUGUCAUGAGACGGUACUACGGAUCAGCCGCUCAACGGCAGAUGGCAGCUUCGAUGGUGGCUCUGCUUUGAAGGCAGCUGUAGGGCAGUGCCGUGGCGACAUCACACUGGCGAUCCUCACCGGGACCAAGCCUCCUAACGUCUCCUGCCUAAACGACGCCUUCAAGCAACUCUUCUCUCAUGCGACAAUUAGCCCAAGUGAAAAGCUGGCCCUUGCUGAGAUGCUACUGUGCGCGGGAGCCGAGGGCGAUGCUGUUUCGGAGGCUUUGAUACAAGCAACAGUCACGGAAUUCUACGACAUGAUUGAUUUACUAUUAUCUCACGGAGCUUCUAUCGAGUACCAAGAAGCCAAGGUCAUACGAACUGCUAUAUCGCAUGGAAGGGCAAGCUUGGUCCGCCUCCUGCUGAACGAGAAAACGACACUGAGCGCAACAAACGCCUCUGCAUGCGUCUCAUGCAUACCUAAACGUACUAGCCCGGAGGAUCGACAUUCACUGUUGUCAUUACUACUGCGCAAAGGCGCCGGGGGCCCGCCGCUGAGCGACGCCUUGAUCAACGCUGCAGAGGCAGGCGACAAUGAUUGCGUAAAGCUGCUGCUUUCGCCCCACUUUCCCGGUGGCCAUCUUGCUGAAAGUAAUGACCUGAAGAGGGGACCACGAGCUAUGGUCUACGAGAAGCAUGAGAUGGGUUCUGUGGAUCAUAGGGAGGGCUUAGCCUUGAAGAUUGCGGCCAAGACUGGCAACCUGACCUCCGUGAAGAUUAUGCUAGGUGCAAAGCCGGCUCCGGCGACCUUGAUCGGGGUGUUCCCAGCACUCUCGGGCUUACCGCCAGUGGACCGUUUCGAGAUGAUUGAGGCUUUCCUAUCAACUGGAACUCAAGGCCUGCCUGUCUCCGACGCCUUACAGCAUGCGGUCGCAGACAAGCCUCCAAGGCGCGAUGAGCGCUUGAUAACACUCCUGUUGAAAAACAACGCAGAUGUCGACUUCAAUGGCGGUGCGGCAGUCAUAUCCUCAGUAGCCAAUGGAGACAUGGCGCUGUUAGAGACACUUCUUCAGAAAAAGCCCGGCCCCCGGACCACUAUGGCCGCAGUGUCAAAAGCUAUGCUAGGCUCUGACUUGGAGGCUCGUUACAAGAUGAUUGCAAUGCUAGUCAAGUCCGCGAAUGGAGAAUUCGAAGGGACCGGCAUCUCUGAGGCAAUGAUUCUGGUACUUCAGGAACCCAAGGUCGACUUGCGGCUACUGGAGGCGCUAGUGAAAGAAGGGCUCGCCGACGUCAAUUUCAACCAGAGCGCCCCCAUAAUACUAGCCGCGAGACAUGACGACCCAGCAAUUUUGGAUGUUUUACUUCGUUACGGGCAACCGACGCCAGAGAGCUUAGAAAAAGCCCUUCAGAGGCUUUCAGAGAUGCCGUCUACUCCGGAAAAAGGCCACAAGAUGGAAGCUGUUUUGUCACGUAGCAAUAACAAAAGGGACUCGAUGUCAAGUUUGCUGGUGGCCGAGGUCCAGACCGUACUUAACACUCCACCGGAAAAUCGGGCCCUUACCGUCGUCAAGACGUUGCUUAGUGGUGGUGCCGAUAUCAACAGUCAAAACGGACGGGGCUUGUGCAUGGCUGUCAAGGCGGGAAACGUGCAACUCGUCGAUCUUUUGUUCACGGCGAAGCCGAACCCCGCGAGUUUGGCAGCGGCCAUGCCCUGCGCUCUCAAUAACAGCGAUCCUAUGGACCGCUUGACAUUUACUCAAAAGUUGUUGGAUGCUGGUGCGCCAGCCAUCGAAGCAAACAGGGCAUUGGUACAUGCCGUUCAGACGUAUCCAAACGAUCUGCCCCUUAUCAACGUACUGGCAGCAAAGGCUAACAGCUCGGACGGCGAUGCCAUCACGAAAGCCGUCAAAAUUGGAAGGCCUGACAUACUUGAGUUGAUACUGGCUAAAACGCCCCGCAAGUGUACGCCUCCGGUGCUGAACGCCGUAUUAAUAGAGGCUAUGAGCAUGCAGGAACAGGGGCCGAGAAGCGAAGCCUGCGCGCUAUUGCUGAAGGCGGGUGCCACUGGGACUGCUGUAUCUGAGGCUCUGCUCCAGGCAGCGGCUGACGCAGACUUGACCUUGGUAAAGAUCCUAGUGGAUUCCGGCGCGCGCAUCGAAUACCAGGACGGACAGGCCGUAGUGGAGGCGUGCAGAGCCGGCGCAAGUGAAGUACUGAAGAUGCUAUUCUCUGGGCCAUCGGCUUCGAACUCGUUCAAGAAACAGACGCUGCUGCGAGGAUUCCAGGCAGCAACAGACGUUGGAGAUUUGCAGAAGCGCUGUGCUGUGUUUCGAUUGUUACUCGAACGAGGAGUUGCAGGAGACGCCGUUGACGCUCAGCUUGUGUCGGCAGCAAGAUUUGGCGACGAAGGGCUUGACCUUGUCCGGCUCCUUCUGCAGUGGGGAAGCAACCCAGAUCAUAACAGUGGAGAAGCUAUCUGGACUUCGACUCGCAGCGCAUUCCUCAGCAGCUUGAGGAUGAUGUUAGGUGUUGAAAACGUGGGAGGCCAGCAAAAGAAGCCGUCACAUGCGACAAUGAUUCGGUCUCUCAAGGCAAGCUGGCGACUAAGCACCGAGCCCAGGUAUGAGGUUAUCAAGAUGCUCUUCGAGGCCGGGUUACCGGUCACCGAGGAGGUGCAUGUUGGAUUAGGCAAGGCAGUCAACGAUGAGGAUGUGGACAUGCGCCUAAUCCAGCUACUGCUGGACAAUGGCGCUUCGCCCCUGACAAACGGCUGUCAGGCCUUGAGUGACGCUACGCAGAAGCUGAUGCUUCCUGUCCUGCAAUUGUUCCUCAAGUCAGAGGUUCCCGACUCCGAUGUAUCUUGGGCAUUUGGACAGGCAUUCACCGAGGCCAACACGGACUCAUGGCUGUCCGAUUCCGGUCUUGAGGUUGCCAAAAUGUUGUUAGAGAAAGGGGCUGGCGGUGAAAGUGUCGCGUCUGCCCUUGUCGGCGCAAUCGAUCACUACGGGACAGAAAAGGACGCGAUUGCUCGCCAGUUCACAGACGUUCUGAUGACCUCCUCGGCGAAUGUUGGAGCCGGAUCUGGUGCAGCGCUGGAAAAGGCUGCCGCAUCCGCCGAUAAAGAACUAAUUCAGAGGCUUCUUGCCUCAAACCCCAACUCCGAGGCAAUAUCAACGGCGUUCCCAAAAAUAUUCGAUCAAGACUUGUCAGAAGAAGAGGCGCUUGAGCUCAUCUCGCUCUUUGUCACAACAAAUGCACAAGGAGACGGUUUGGAUACUAUGUUUGUCAAGCCCGAUGAGCAACCGGUCAUAUUCAAGGCGCUUUCCCGCCAUCCGAGAUCUACAAAGAUUCUCCAGGCACUACUGCACGCUGGGUAUUACCCCGACCCUAUGACGACUGCCAAGGUGCGAGAGGAUAUUGAGGAGGAGCAGGUCAGCCUUUUCUUCUGGGCGCUGCUUCAGCCACUGAAAAAGAUCAGUAACCCCGUACUAUUGAUGCUGCUAGAAAAUGGCGCCAAAGCGGAUUUCGAGACGGCAGUGUCUAAGAUUACGCCCCUCAUGUUGGCAGUGCAGAGCACGCGACUUGAUGUUGUUAGGGCGUUGAUCAUGGCAAACCCUGACGUUGCAGACGUCGCUGACGCAAUGGGGAAUACGGCCUUGACGAUGGCAACGGAGAUAGGGGGCGAUGUGGGCACUGCCAUGAUGUCAGCAAUUCUGGCUGCUGAGCCUUCCAAGGACGACGGGUCACUACACAAUGCUGCACGCGAGCUGAACUUGCGGGCAAUGCAGGUUUUGGUUGAGUUUGGCCACGAUGUCGACUUCCCUAGUCCACUCCACGGAGGACGGUCCGCUUUAGGCGAAAUCUGCCUUCACACAGCAGAUAUGCCGUUGACUGCCGCCAGGGAGAAGGCCAUGGAGAGAUCGAUGAAGUUUCUUAUGGACCAUGGCACUGAUCUCAAGCUUCAAUCCGACGAGAAGUCUGUUCUUCUUCUUGCCCUUGAGUCGAGAGAACCCGUUCCUACUGCACGGGCCUUGCUCAAGGUUGGCAUGUGGAAACUCAUCAACCAACCUUUCAACAACUAUACUGAUGGCACAUACACAUAUUCACCUACUGAGUACGUGUCCCGCGUUAUGACCUCACAUCCAGAAGAAGUCAAAGAGCAGCUCAUCAAGCUGCUCAAGGCGAACCGCGCGACAAAUGUAUACUAUGCCAACGACGGCCCGCAGCCGGAAGGAGCCACAGGGCUGCCUGAAGAGCUGCUGCGGGCUGAGCGAGAGCGAAGGGCGCGGGCGGAGCGCAUCAGGUUGGAGCAGGAAGACCACAAGAACGCGUUGGCGCGCACGGACGAGGUUGCGGGGAUUCAGAACCGCAUCCAGGCUGAGCGGGCUGCCAUCGAGGAGGCGCGCAAGAAGCGACUGCUCAGCGACGAGAUGACUGCGAUUAGGGAGCGUGCGGCGGUGGAGGAGGAUGUCUUUGCACAGCAGGUGCGGCGGCAAAAGGCGGAGCGGCAGGCGGCCCUAGACCACAGCCGACAGCUGGCCGAGGCAGAGCUGGAGCGCACGCGGCUCGUGGCCGCGACGGAGUUCGAGGUGGAGCAGACCAAGCAGACGCGGCAGAUCGAGUGGGAGCGCAAGAUUGGCGGCGAGCGUCUCGACAAUGCGAAUCAGUUGUCGGCUCUGCGGGUCAAGGAGCGUGAGGAUAUUGAACGCAUAGACCGCGAGAGCGAUAUGCGCGUUAGGUCGAGGCUGCAAGAGCAUCGCCAGCUGAUAGAUUCGCAGAGCGCGCUGGCUGGGCAGCUGACGGCUUCUGGGGUCAAUGGUAGGCGGCAGAUCGGGUAUAUAAGUGGCGAGUUGAACUGAGCGUACCGUUCCUGGCCCCCUACUAUCCACUCAUGGAUAACCUCUUUCUUUUUUCUUUCUUUGUUUCUGUUUUGCAUUCUGUUAUCUCGGAAGCGUUUAUAUUUGUUCUUGCUGGACGGCAAGUUUUGGUUAACAGUUGAUACCAUUCGCCUAGCUUACAUACUUUAGCGGUUAUUGUUUGAUGUUAACAUAGAAUACUACAUAUAAUCGAGACAGUCUUUGGCUGCACAACACGAGUCUCAAA